AUGUUGCCAGUGCGUUCCCGAGGGCCAUCUCCCAAGCGGCCCGCGCUGUUUGGUUCUGCUUCGUUUGACCCUUCCGAUGCAACCCAUCCAGAAGAAAACCACCCCGUGCUUUGUCAAGGUCGUGUUGCCGUUGUUACGGGGGCAGCGUCUGGCAUUGGUGCAGCAGCUGCUCGGGCAUUUGCUGCUCUCGGCAUGAAAGUGGCGAUUGCGGAUCUUCCUUCCUCGUCCGACAAACUUCAGUCUCUCGGCAAGGAGCUGGUUAACGUCGUCGGGGAAGCUAACGUCCUUGUUGUCCCAACAGACGUCUCGGUCUACGAAGAGGUUUGUAAAUUCCGCGAGACGGUAUUUGAGGCCUGGAGUGAGGUCGGCAUCCUGCUCAAUAAUGCUGGAGUUGAUGGUGGACCGGAUGGCAAGCGCGGAACUUCUUGGGAAGGUCUCGACGCCUGGCAUCACGUUUUCAACGUGAAUGUCUUUGGAAUCGUCAACGUCCAACAGGCGUUCAUCCCGGCCAUGCUUUAUCAAGAAAACCCAGCUAUGGUCAUCAACACUGGUAGCAAACAAGGCAUAACCAAUCCUCCCGGUAACACUGCAUAUAAUGCAACGAAGGCUGCUAUCAAAAGUCUCACUGAGGGGUUGGCGCAUGAGCUGCGAACUAAAGCAGAUGCACACGGAACUGCCCGAAUCACUGCUCAUUUAUUCGUGCCAGGCUGGACUUUUACUGGCUUGACUGGCGCGUCAGCAGGCGGAGAAAAACCUGCAGGUGCCUGGUCUGCCGACGAAACUGUCAAGUACAUGCUGUCGCGAGUCGCUGCAGGCGACUUCUAUGUUGUUUGCCCAGAUAACGAGACAACCCCAGAAGCGGAUCAACUUCGAAUUAUGUGGGCUGCAGCAGAUGUCGCGCAAGGCCGUCCAGCCCUGAGUCGCUGGCAUCGGGACUACAAGGCUCUCUUUGAGGAGUAUAUGCGGGAAGGCCACGCUCUCCAAGUCAAGGUCGCCGCAGAAAACAAGAACAAAUAA